ACCCGUGUGGGAAUGGCUGAUCUGGGAUCAGGGGGUUGGGCCGCUCAACACGAGCGGACCGUUAAAGAGUGUUUUUAAUGUCCGCCAUGUUGGCCAUGGCGCACUGAGCCUGGAAUCAGGGACCGGAGCGCGCUGGAGACACACACCGAGAGAGAGCGACCCACACCCGGCCUCGCGCCUCCGCUCGCCCCGCCAGCUCCACCGAGCGACCCGUGCGCUGCUGGACACCGAACCGGCAUCAUCCAUGAGAACUUUAACCGGACCAGUAGGGAACAUUAGGGGAUCGGAUAGAUUUAUGCUGCAUCUCGAAUUAUAAAGAAAAAUGAGUAAACUGUCGUUUCGGGCGCGGGCGCUGGACGCGUCCAAGCCUCUACCCGUCUUCCGCUGCGAGGACCUGCCCGACCUGCACGAAUAUGCGUCUAUUAACCGGGCAGUGCCACAAAUGCCAACGGGGAUGGAGAAAGAGGAGGAAUCGGAACACCAUCUCCAGCGGGCCAUCUCUGCUCAGCAGGUGUACGGGGAGAAGAGGGACAACAUGGUGAUUCCUGUCCCAGAGGCUGAGAGCAACAUCGCCUACUAUGAGUCCCUCUACCCAGGGGACUUCAGGAUGUCCAAACAGCUCAUUCACAUACAGCCAUUUAGUCUGGACACCGAACAGCCAGAUUAUGACCUGGACUCUGAGGACGAGACAUUUGUAAAUAAACUGAAGAAGAAGAUGGACGUGGGAGCCCUGCAGUUUGAAGAGAUGAUCGACCGGCUGGAGAAAGGCAGCGGACAGCAGCCGGUGUCUCUACAGGAGGCCAAGCUCUUGUUGAAGGAGGAUGAUGAGCUGAUAAAGGAGGUGUAUGAGUACUGGAGCAGGAAGAGGAAAGCAUGUCAGAGCGGCUCUCUCAUUCCUGUGGUCAAACAGGAGAAGCGUGAUGGCUCCAGCACCAGUGACCCGUAUGUGGCCUUCAGGCGCCGGACGGAGAAGAUGCAGACACGAAAGAAUCGUAAGAACGACGAAGCUUCUUAUGAGAAGAUGCUGAAGCUGCGUAGGGACCUGAGUCGAGCUGUCACAAUCCUGGAGAUGAUCAAGAGACGAGAGAAGAGCAAACGAGAGCUGCUGCACCUCACACUGGAGAUCGUAGAGAAGAGGAAUGGCAUGGCUGAUUUCGGAGGUGAGGUGAUGGCAGAGGUUCUGGCUCAGAGAGCUCUGGAGAAACCAGUCAUCCCUCUGAUCCCAAUCACCAACAGCAACCAGUACAGACACACGGAGCAUGACCGGAUGGAUAAACCAGAGGUUGUGCGGCAAAAACGGAAGUAUGAGAAGAAGUCCAAGCCAUUGCCAUUGGCAGGCUCUGCCCAUUCAGGCCCAGCAGUCUUUAACACUAAAGACCUCAAUCAGUAUGACUUUCCCAGUUCAGACGACGAGCCCUACUCACAGAUGCUCUCCGGCUCUUCAGAGGUCGAGGAGGAGAACGAUCCAGAUGGUGUGUUUGGGUUCAGGAGGAGAACAGGCUGUCAAUAUCAUGCUGCACGUUCAGGACCUAUGGGCGGUUGGCCCUGGUCAGACCCUGCCGAGGGCGGGCUAGCAGAUGUGCGGUAUCGCUAUUCUCUCACCACGCUCACCGUGCCACGACGAUGCCUGGGGUUGGCACGUCGGCGAGUGGGCAGAGGGGGCAGGGUUUUGUUGGACCGAGCCUACUCUGAAUGGGAUACUGUGUAUCAUGGGCUGGACCCGGAUUCCCCCACAUUCCCAUCGUCGUCUCCCACCCAGCAGCCCAGCACAGAUACCUCACACACCAGCACAGAUACCUCUGCCUCCUCCUCCACCUCACCAGACCUCACACAAAUCCUGCUCAAUAUCAAAGCCUGUCGCUGGAGGCAUUUCAAGCCUCGGACGGCACUGCCAGACGACCCCGACAAUCCUGAGCACUGGUCUGCCCGGAGACCCCGCCGCGGCUUCCUCAUCCGCCCUAUCAGCACGCUUCAGACACAGAGAGGCCCUGCCUCCUCCGCCAAACCACGUGUCCCUCCACCCACACCCGCGUUCACAGCGGAGCAGUACCAGCAGCACCAGGAGCAGCUGGCACUGAUGCAGAAGCAGCAGCUUGAACAGGUUCAGCUACAGCAGCAGGCCGGCAGCACAGCCAUCACCAACAACCCCCAGAGUUUGGUGUCGAAGACGAUAGAUGCUGCUGGUGCUCAGUUUGCUGCCUCUGCACUGGUGACUCCUGACCAGCUGAUGGCGCUCAAGAGUAAAGACGAGGGAGUUGGUGUCAAUGGAGUCGUCUCAGCCUCAGGCGUCUAUAAGGGCUUACAUCACACGAGCUCUGCAGGGUCGUCCAUCCUUGCGUCUGCGGGCCCUACCUCCACCUCAUCCCCCUCCCCCGCUGCCACCGCCUCCACUACUAACAACGGAACCUCCUCGUCCAAUCACCACGUCAGCACGGCCGGCCCCGCCCCUGGUCAAGCGCUGAUGGGCGGGGCUGUGAGAGUGAGCGUCCCCUCACCAGCAGGGACCUUGAGCGUGCGGCAGCUGCAGCGGCAGCUCACUGUUCCCGCCUCUGCCCUAAAACUCGCUGCCAACGCCAACAGACCCAUCCCAAAGGUCACCGCGGGGUCAACUUCCCUCGACAUGGGGCCCAGGGAAAAUCACGAUCAAGAGAAACCUCCGUUAAAUAGUCUAACAGACAAAACCGUUGCUAUGGAGGUGACGUAGCCCCGCCCCUCAAGCGUUCAUACACCACCUCUCAGUCGAGGCGUCUCCUUUAGGUGCUAUGCAUCAUAGCGAAGCUGUUUCCGUGGCAGCCGUUGGGACUUAAUUGCAAUGCUCAUGUUUUGUUUUUAUCUUUUUCCAAAAUUUUGUUACUGUUAUCAACAUCUGUAAAUUAUGAAA